GUGAGAGAGAAAAGAGAGAGAGAGAGAUGUGAGAGAGAGUGCUCAGAGAGAGGGGAGAGAGAACAUUUGAAGGACAAUUCAAAUGUAUGCAAUUGAAAUUGUGAAAUGGAUGUGUGAUAAUUCAAAUAUAUGUAUUUGAAUUGUAUGUAAUUGAAGUUGUAAUGGAUUUGUAAUGAUUCAAUUGGAAUAAAAUGAACUGAAUCGGACUUGGAUGAUUUGGAUCAAAUGUAUUUGAAUUUGGAAUCGAAUGAAUGAUUAUUCAAUGAACGUAUUUGGAUUCGAAAUGGAUUUAUAGCAAUUCAAUUGGAAUUAUUUGAAUUGAAUUGAAUUGUGUAAUUCAAAAUGAGUUUGGAUUUGGAAAAAGGAUUCAUGAUAAUUCAAAUGAAUGACUUGAAUUCGAAUUGGGAUGAUCGAUGAUUCAAUUAAACAAAUUGACUGGAGUCGGAUUGGCGUAACUCAAAUGAGAUUGAAUUAGAAAUUGAAAUGACUUUAGAAUGAGAAUUCGAAUUAAGAGAUUCAAACUAGAAUUUAGAGAUUGAAUCGAAUUGAAUGGAAUUUACGAAACAACUGAACGGGGAGAAUUGGAUUAUACUUGAAUGAUUUGAAUUGCAUUUGAGUACGAAUUCUACGAUGAUUUGAUCGAAUAUGGAUUUGAGAUAUUUGGGAUUAAUUUCAAAUAGAAGUAUUUAAAUUUAAGAUUUGGAUUUGAGAUUGAUUCAAAAAGAAGCAAUUGAGUUGGAUUGGAAGAUCGAUUUUCUCGGAGUGAUUUGGAUUAGGGAAUUGUCGAGAAAACUAAAAUGGAUUCGAAUUUGGGAGAACUUCAAAUUCGAAUCGCCACACAAAGAACCAUAAAAACAAUUAAACCAAAAUGCAUAUGAUGAAUUCAUUGCAACGAUUUACUUAGAAAUUAAUUUAGUGCUCUUUGGAAUACUUAGCAAAAAUAAUAUAUUUGAAUACACACAUACAAGUAUACACAUAUUCAAAUAUAUAUUUCCUGAUUUUAUACUGAUUUAAUAAUUAGAAAAGUUUUAAUUUGGAGUGAAUUUUUCCAUAUUUUUAUAUAAUAAAACUCAGGGUGUUACACAGGGUGUAAAAAUAUUUCAAAAUAUCGCGCUCUCAAUCAUGAGCAUGCUUUUAUCCAUUUGCAGCAGUCGUAGAGUUACGAAUGUGGUUUGGUAUGAUGGAGGUGAUGAGAUGGUUCCUUUACAGAUGUUACUACUAUGUUUCCUUGUACUUUUUGUUCAGUUGAUGUUUUGGGGUUAGAUAGUCAUGAUGGUCAUGUAUAGUUGCUCGCACAUGUUUAUAUCAAAAUUCGCUUUCGUAUGUAAAUUUACUUAACCAUGUGGUUAUUUCCUUGCUAACAUCUAAAUGCAUAAUCCUUGGAGUCUGGCUAUUUAUAAGUGCCCACUAUGGAUUAAGUCUUGCGCGUAACUUCGUACUCAACUGCUCUACAGAUUUUGCAGGUGAGGAGGAGUUGGUAUUUUGCUACUUUGCGCCUACCGAGGGUGGUGGCAGGCAUGAGUAGUGCUUCUUACUCUGAGGUCAUGCUUUUUGUGAUGGAGCUUAAGGACGAAGCUGACGUUCUCUGCAAAAUCUUUCAGAAAAGUGAUGUCCAUGACGUCAAUUGUGUUCGUCCUGACAGAACUUCUUCUCCUGAUAUUCCUUUUGAUAGCAUACAAAUACAACAACUGCUAGCUGAGAUUGUCAGCUUCUCCUCAAUGAAUAUUCUAUGCACUGCUGUUUCAAUGCAGCCUUAUUCAACUUCUAACUACGUUAAUGACAAUGAAGUAUUAUUGGAUGAUAGUGAAACGAUAUUCUGUGAACUGGAUGUGACUUCGUCCCAGUCUGUGGAGAGCAACUCUAACCAUUGUAACUCAUGUGGUGAACAUUUUAUUCACCCCAUGCUGGAAGCACUAGGAACCGAACAAUACUUAGAGUUGAAUGACCUGUCCUUUCUCUUGCUGAUGAUCCUGAUUCAUGUAACAUGCGGCUGUCCAAUGUGCAGCACCCACUGGAUCUUGAGCCCAGGUUUGAGCAUGACCCUCAGGACGCUUCCACAUCGACAACGUCAGUGCCUGCAGUUGAUGAUCAUGGAACCUGAUUCAGAGUAUAUUCACGAUUUGUGGCUCACAUUCUAAUGGAAUGUGCAACACGACAUAGUGCUCCUUUUUCCUUUUCACUGAAGUGAGCACUAUGUUUUCGGUAACUCAGAAAUGGAGGCAGAUCCUUGGCUUGCACAACUAGUCACUUUGCACAAAAUCAUCUUUGCGGUUCAGUUAUCAAUUAAAAGUCUCAAUGACUGCCAUCACCCUGCAGUUUUUUCAAUUCAGGAGCAUUCCUGAACGAGACUAUUUACCGUCCCUAGUUUUGAUUAUUCUGCCACGCAUCUUUUCAUCAGAAAGAGUUCCUACAGAUGUGUACUGGGGAUCUAGGAAGAUUAGAAUCUAACUUGUGGCAAUUUCUGGUUU